GCUUUGAAGUCACUACUUGCUAAAGAUAUGUUCUCACCUGGGAGCAGCAUCUAGAGAGAUAAAAGAGAGUUUUGGGUUUCACGAGUUUAAAGAUCCGAAGCUUCUUCGUAAAUGAAUAGUCAUGAAGAGUCUUCUUUGGGAAGUGCGUACGCAGCUGGAGUUGAUCACGUAACACUACGUAACCUGCCGCAGAAUAGUGCGUCGAGAUUGCCACUUGGGACGAUCCCCUGUCUUCCUCUUCGUUCCUAUCUUCAUUGAAUUGUCCAGAAGGGAUACGACGGUGCAAUGGACGGUCGCGGUUACGGUUCUAGUUACUCCAGCUGGGGAAGUGGAGGUCUGGGCAGUAGAGAUUCAGGUGGCUUUGAAUCGUAUGGGGGAGGUUAUAAGGACUCCAUGUCUGGCUCCGGGGGCUUUGGAGGAGGCAGCCAUAUGAAACGAGGAAUCUCUGGUGGAUCUCCGCUUUCAUCUGGAGGCACACAUGCGGAUGCAGUCAUUGCCAAGAUUAACCAUCGCCUGGACAUGCUCAGUCAGUUCGAAGGAGGAUUUAAGGGGCCCCGGGGAGAUGGGUUUGACCAGUACGAGUCCUUCGACUCGCGCACAUCUGCUCUCCCCUCCCGAGAUCUCUACAGAUCUGGUGGCAGUAGCUUUGGUUUUGGGGAUGUCCGUGGAGACAGCAUGCUGUUGAAUCAGCAAGGAGGCUCGACCUUCGGAGGGGGAAUGGGGCUGGGAGGAGGAGGAGGAGGCUUUGACAGCCCUUCCUCUGCCUAUGGUGUCGCCAAAAUGCGACAGAAUAUGAGGGAGUCCUUCGCCAGUGGCCAAGGAGGAGGUUCUGGAGGUGGAGGAUGGGUUGGAGCAAACCGACGUUCCCCCAGAAGGGGUGGAAGUGCUGGGGGUCGAGGAGGGUUUGGGGGCCGCAGGUCUGACCCCACUCCAUUAGGUGGAGGUUUGCGGGGAAGUGGCAGCGGUGUUCAGUCCCAUGGCGGCUACUCUCCAGGAGGUGGUAGAGGAAAGCUCCCAUCCCUCCUGUCCAACCGCAUGUACCCUGAGAGCGGGGGCUUCCAGGGUUCUGCUGCAGGGCCUCACGACUUUCCUGGGAGGCAUUUUGGAGGGGGCCCAAGGGCUGGCCGCCAACGAGGCCGCAAGAGACCCCUCAACAAACAGGUGAAACCGCAGGGCAACUUUCAGAAGAAGAGAAAGAAUCCAGCAGAAGCUGAUGAGCCAGAGUCAAAGAUGAACAGGAAAGAGGAUGAAGGGACGGAAACGACACCAGCAGAAGAACCAGAAAAAGCUGAUGAUGACAAAGCAGAGACGGCAGCCGAUGAGACGCAACCCACUGAAGGAGAAGAUGUCGCUGCUCCCAAACAGGAGGAAAUGACAAAGCCUCAUGGAAAACAGAGCCAAGGACAGGAGAAGUCAAAAAACAGGAAGAGAAGAGGAUUCUUGGAAAGAGUGAUGUUUGCAUGUUCCGUGUGCAAGUUUCGCUCCUUCUACAAAGCCGAUAUGGAAGUUCAUCUUGAAAGUCGCUUUCACAAGGAGCACUUUAAGUUCCUUUCCAGUCAGCUGUCCAAGCCCACCACAGACUUCUUACAGGAGUACCUUAUGAACAAGUUUAAGAAAACUGAUGAACGGGUCAGCCAGAUGGAAAAUCACAGUGCUGCUAUCUGCCAGAUGUACAGAGAACAGGACUUGACCAGGGAACUGGGCAUGGAGCACUUCAUGAGGAAGGUGGAGGCAGCUCACUGUUCAGCGUGUGAUGUUUUCAUUCCCAUGCAGCCCCAUCUGAUCCAGAAACACAUCAAGUCUCAUGACCAUAACUACAACCGAAAGGGAAUGAUGGAACAGUCCAAGCGAGGAUGUCUGUCAGUCGCUCGAAGCAUUCUUAACCACAAACUGAUUGGCAAGAAGCUGGAGAGCUACCUUAAGGGUGAAAACCCGUUUGUUGGUAACCAGGAUGAGCAGGAUCCAGAGGACUCCAUAGCGAACGAAGCCUCUGAGGUAACCAGUGAGGCAGCAGCUGGUCAGACAGAGGUCAAAGACGAACCUGUGCCUGAGGAAGAGACUGUCAAAGAAGAGAUGGAAGAGGUGCAGAUAGAACCGCCGGCAGCUACAGCUGCAGACCAAGAAGAAGAACGAGAGGGCAACAUGGAGCAGGACGGAGACAAGGAGCUGGAGAAUGCAGAAAUGGAGGGUUUUGAAGUUGGAGAGGAUGAAGAUGAGGGAUACAUAGUACACAAUGAGUUCGAGGAAGGGGGGUUCCGGGAUCCUGACGAGGAGGAAGCGGGGGCCAAUGUUGCCUAAGAAGACAAAGUUAACGCUUUAUUUAAUGUGCAACUUUUUGACCAGUAUUUUGUCUCUUAUCACCCCCCCCCCCAAAAUCCUUCCUGUCUGCAUCUGAGGGCCAGACAAAAACCAGUGAAGUUGUACCACAUCAGCAGAACAUUAUGCAGUUUCAAGUGUAGCUUUGCAAAAGGUUGUCUGAGCAGCGGGGUGACAUCUUAUCAAAGGGAUGCUGCAUAUCUGCUUUGAGGAUGUUCAUCCACUACAAAGAGGCCCAUCCAGUCCUGCUUUUGCAUAAACACAUGCAAAAGUCCCUGCCAGGACCAGGCCCUUACUUUGGUUUUUGGGAAUAGUGAAUGUUUCCAACACUGUUAGUUUUAUUGCUAAGAUUAAAAUUUAGGAAUGCAAAAACACGAAGUAAAAGUAUUGUCAACAUUUACGUGAAAAACACAAAUGCAUGACUUCCCAUCAAUUAGUUGUAGAUAUUUUGGUAGACUCCUUUCUACAUCUUAGACUGCCAGGCAAGAGCUCUUGCCUUUGUCUUUAAGUCUGUGUGCACUCUGUUCUUAACUCCAGCUGAAAUGUUUGUGUUUAAAGCCAUUUGUAAAUUCUACUAAAAAUGUAACUGUUGGGCCUGAUUUCUGUGCCUUUUGUGAAGUGUUGGAAAUCUUUAGAAAUAUUGAAAUAAUCUGUAUUGUCUUAAGCCAUUGCUUUCCCUCAGACAUGAAACGGUGCCACUGUGUUCAUUUGGAUACAGUGAUGUUUAUUGACAUGCCCCAAAAUAUUCCAAUAAAGGAUGUGGAGAAAAUU